UGUCCAGAGGAUCGUGUAACAAUGCAUUGCGAUCUCACAAGAAAUGUUUGGGUUAACCAACGUUUUUCAUACCUUCACGACAAAAUGACCAUGAGAUGCCUCCAGCGGAUGCACGAACGUGUUGAACCGACCUAUUGCCGUCAGUCCAGCUUCGACAUGUCGCCCUGCAAUCUAGAGACUGGCAAGCGUGAGAUUAUCCAUACCACCUACACUAUGGAACACUGCCAUUGUCGGCGCCAAGAACGUCGAAUUCUGCGGCCCUGUGGUUGUCAUCUGCCGAAUUCUAGGCUUCUACCGUCCGGCAAUUCUCUCAAUAAGGCUGUAGGUCCAGCAGAGACAAAGAUGAAUUGUGACGCUGAAAAGGGAGUUCUGAUCGCCAGGAAUAUUAGUUGGACAUGGAACGACGAGGCCGAUCGGUGUGUCGCCACUAGGGAAGUAACGGUGCAGCCAGUUGGUAGGUUCUGA